AGCAAUAAGGUGAAAAUGACUACAAAGUUGCAAAGCUGUGCAUACAAUUAAUACCCGACAGGAUAACGGCCACUGACAGCUCUACGCCUACAACAAAACCCGCAUAAGAGGGCGUUUCGCACAGGAACCGAAGGUCGAUGGAUAGUGGACCAUCACCUUUAGUCGGGUAUUCCUUAUCCAGGUAUAUUGUUGUUCCUCGUUUCCCGUGCACGCGCCGGUAGCUGAUGUAAUCGAACAGGUGCGCGAGACUCAAGUUAACAACAUAGUCGCUCUCGAUCUCAAGGGAUUACAAACGGAUGUGAGUGUUUCCCCCCAACUGUGUUUCAUUCAUUAACCGGUGUUACGCAUCGUUUCAAGGCUGUAUUGUGUUUACGUGCCUGGAUAAAGUAAGCUAUCCGGCCACGGAUGGUACAGCUUCUUAUUUCCUGGUCUUUCUUUCCUUGAAAGCGUUUGUUGGAUCAGUUAAAGCUCUAUUCUGAAGACAAUAUUGGGCGAUACUACGUGGUGAUAAGUUCGGUAUAUUGUGAAUCUGCGGUACAAUCUCUCUGCCUUUGCAUGAGUUGCUUUACACGAACAGCUUGAAUUUUAGACUCAAAGAGGAAUAUUCGAGAACCGAGUGAUGCUGCCUCUCAAGUUUUGAAUCCCUUUUACCUUUUCGACAAAGACAUGGGAAUUAAACUGCUGUGCGUUACCGUGAUCUAAACGCUUGUGUCUUACAAGCAAAUACAAGGAAAUAACCUACUUUCUUAUAAGGCUCUUUCAGAAGAUUAAACCAUGUCCAAGACACUGAAAAAGAAGAAACAUUGGGCAGGUAAAGUGCAGGAAUGCGCUGUUUCUUGGGGUAACGCCGGGGAGCUCAACUCCGUGCUGGAGAUACUCGGGGGAGCCGAGCACGGAGAGUUCCCGCACUUGGGACAGGUGAUGUCGGACGCAUUAGUGUGUCAUGUCGGCAGGCUGCCUGGUCACGGAGAUGUGCUACUGGAGGUAAACGGCACGCCUGUGAGCGGACUGACAAACAGAGACACCCUCGCCGUCAUCCGCCACUUUCGCGAGUCCAUCCGCCUGAAGACUGUGAAGCCAGGUAAAGUGUUGAACACUGAUCUGCGUCACUACCUCAGCCUGCAGUUUCAGAAAGGCUCUUUGGACCACAAGCUCCAGCAAGUGAUCAGAGAUAACCUGUACCUGCGCACUAUUCCUUGUACCACGAGGCAGCCUCGAGAAGGGGAGGUUCCAGGAGUGGACUAUAAUUUCAUCAGCGUGGGGGACUUUCGUGUGCUGGAGGAGAGCGGACUGCUACUAGAGAGUGGAACCUAUGAUGGGAACUACUAUGGCACCCCAAAACCCCCAGCAGAGCCCAGUCCAGUGCAGCCAGACCUGGUGGACCAGGUUCUGUUUGACGAGGAGUUUGAUGCAGAGGUUCAACGCAAACGCACCACAUCUGUCAGCAAAAUGGAUAGAAAGGACAGUGCAGCUCCUGAGGAAGAGGAGGAGGAAGAGAAGCCAUCCAUGGUCAACGGGCUCACAGAUCACAAGCAGGGACUGGACUGGAGGAAGACAGUACCCAGCUACACACAGUCCAGCAGCAACAUGGACUUUCGCAACUGGAACACACAGCCACGUGACGAGGGCCAAGACCCACUGCCGAAGAACUGGGAGAUGGCCUAUACUGAGACGGGAAUGGUCUACUUUAUAGAUCAUAAUACCAAGACCACGACCUGGCUCGACCCACGGCUGGCGAAGAGAGCUAAACCCCCUGAAAAAUGUGAUGAUGGAGAACUUCCAUAUGGCUGGGAGAAGAUUGAAGACCCGCAGUACGGGACGUAUUUCGUGGACCACAUCAAUCAGAAGACUCAGUUUGAGAAUCCAGUGCUGGAGGCCAAGAAGAAACUCAGCCAGGACACGUCUCCAGUCAACCAGCCAGUAGCAGCAGCAGCAGCAGCAGGAGCCGUUCCGGCACCCUUAAAUGAAGCUGGUUUGAGGGCAUUCACACGGGACCCAUCUCAGCUGCAGGGGGUGAUCUUGUGCACAACACUUAAGAAGAGUCCCCAGGGCUUUGGUUUCACCAUCAUCGGUGGAGAUCGACAAGAUGAAUUCCUGCAGGUCAAGAAUGUCUUGAGAGAUGGACCUGCUGCACACGACAACAAAAUCACUUCAGGUGAUGUUAUUGUGGAUAUUAAUGGCACAUGCGUGUUGGGUAAGACCCAUGCAGAUGUAGUCCUAAUGUUCCAGUCCAUACCUGUGAACCAGUAUGUGGAUAUGGUCUUGUGCCGUGGAUACCCAUUGCCUGAGGACACCAAUUCCAGUGAAGAAGGCACAGGAGACACGGUGACUGCCAAGCCAAUGUUGGAAGGGCAGCCCCUCCAUUUAGAUGCCACCCCUUCUCCGCAUGAUCUCCAUUAUGUAACCGCUGAUGGCAGACACCUGGCCGCACCUAUGCCUAAUGGCCGAUACCCUGAAGCAGGGGAGACCACCUUACUGCAGCCUGAGCUUGUCAGCGUGCCUCUGGUGAAAGGACCAAGUGGAUUUGGCUUUGCCAUCGCAGACUGCCCACUGGGCCAGAAGGUGAAAAUGAUUCUGGAUGCGCAGUGGUGCCGAGGCCUGCUAAAGGGGGAUGUGAUUAAGGAAAUUAAUAGGCAGAAUGUACAGACCCUCAGUCACACGCAGGUGGUGGAUAUCCUAAAAGAUCUGCCCAUGGGUAGUGAGGUCAACGUGCUGGUACUCAGAGGAGGUCAGACCUCUCCCGUGAAGUCUCUCAAACCUAUCACUCCUGCUAUGCCCAUUACACAGAAGCAGGACAUUGCCAUCAGCACCGUCACCACUGAAACUCCCAGUCCAGUUGAGCCAGCCCCACAGUCCCUCCCCUUUCCUCCUCAUGCUAUCCGCUCCAACUCACCAAAACUGGACCCAUCUGAGCUGUACCUCAAGUCUAAAGCUGUGCUGGAUAGCCAACCUCCCAACACUAAAGAGCUGGACGUUUUUAUCAAGAGGAACCAGGAGACUGGAUUUGGGUUCAGAGUGCUGGGCGGAGAAGGGCCGGAUCUGCCAGUGUACAUUGGUGCCAUCGUUCCUCUAGGUGCUGCAGAGAAGGACGGGCGUCUCCGGGCUGGUGACGAGCUCAUCUGUAUCGACGGUGUUCCCGUCAAAGGCAAAUCACACAAACAAGUUCUGGAGCUCAUGACCAACGCUGCCCGCAAUGGGCAGGUGAUGCUGACAGUGCGCAGAAAGCUGACUUAUCCAGAAAGAGAGGAAGAUGACGGGGCACAACCUCAGGUUCCACCGACUUCUGCUCUGGUAAAUGGAUCACCCAAACCACCCCACAUCGAGAUGCCCGGCCACACUCAUCCUCAGCCCUACAACGUCACCCUGCAGCGCAAAGACAACGAGGGCUUCGGAUUCGUAAUCCUCACCUCUAAAAACAAGCCUCCACCGGGAGUUAUUCCCCAUAAGAUUGGUCGGAUCAUCGACGGCAGUCCCACGGACCGCUGCGGGCGGCUUAAAGUUGGUGACCGCAUCUCUGCAGUUAAUGGCCAGUCAAUUAUUGAACUGUCACACAAUGACAUUGUGCAGCUUAUCAAAGAAGCAGGAAAUGCUGUUACCCUCACUGUGGUGCCUGAGGAGGAACACAGUGGCCCCCCGUCAGGCACAAGUUCAGCAAAGCAGAGCCCAGCCGCCCAGCACAGAGCUGUGGGACAGCAGCCUGCCAACAGAGAUGACAGAAAUGGCAUGGAGACAGAGGAGAGGAAAGACAACAUGGCCCGAUCCAAGUACAAAACCCUGCCUCAUAGUGAGAUGGGGACAGCCAUGACCUUAGGGCCAAAGCAGGGCUGUUACCCUGUAGAGUUAGAGAGAGGGUCUAGAGGAUUUGGCUUCAGUCUGCGAGGAGGGAAGGAAUAUAACAUGGGUCUCUUCAUCCUCAGACUGGCUGAGGAUGGCCCUGCACUGAAAGAUGGCAGGAUACACGUUGGAGAUCAAAUAGUGGAGAUCAACGGUGAACCUACACAGGGCAUUACACACACGCGGGCCAUUGAGCUCAUCCAGGCGGGGGGCAAUAAAGUGCUGCUGCUUUUAAGGCCUGGACUGGGCCUAGUGCCUGAUCAUAAUGUUAAGGAAUCUAUGACAGGUCCAUCUACAAACUCUCCAAGAUAUUCUGCAUCCAGUGAGCCAUCAGCACCAGCAUCUCCAUCCACCACCUCUCGCUCCACUGAGAUGAACCCCUCUUCAGCCCAAACCAGUACACCUGAGGAGCUCCUCAACCCUGUGGCUGCUUUUCCUGGGCAACUUUACCAACAUUACAGAGAAGCCAAGCACCAAACUAGAAAGAGUGACACGAGCAUGCCUCGUGACAGCAAUGACAAUUUUGCUAGUCCUCGAAAACUGGAUGCGUCACAUUCCAAUGGGAAGGAACUCUCACAAAGUCCAAAAAAAUUUCAUACUGAUACCUCUGGUCAUAGGGAGAGAGAUCGAUCCACUAGCCCGAGGAAGACUAAGAAGGAGUGGGACAUUGGGAUCAGACAGGAUUUAUCUCAAAAGGGCACUGAUGGAUGGAGACACAAAGAGGAGGACACCGUGCACAGACAGGACAGGGAAAUGGGAGAGACCAGGCCUGAGGUCAGAGGUGGCAAUGACAAAUACCAUAAAGACAAGAUAGCAGAACCUCAAAGGUCUCACUUACAGGCUGAAAGCAGUACCCUCAACCGGAAGGACCAUAGAGGGAGAGACAGGGAACUGAAAGAGAGUAGACCUAUAGGGUCAACAGAAGAGGAUAUAAAGAGUGAUCCUAGGGGCUCUCUUGAGGGUGCCACUCAAGAGAGUUCCCAAAAUGGGAACCCUAACUCCAAGAAAGCCCCUAUAACUCCAGGCCCAUGGAAGGUCCCCAGUUCUGCUAGGAUUCAGCCUCCGGUGCAUGGAGUCUAAUACAUUUUGGAGCUUGUUGGCUAAGUACUUAUGGCUCAUCAGGAUUGUCAGUGCAGUUAUGAUGGUCAAAAACUGACAACUUGUGAAUCACUGUGUAACUUUUUAUUUAAUUUUUUGGGGGAUCUUUCCUAUCUACACAUAGCAUUACACAGAUAAUGUGUAUUGUUUUAUUCAGUGUACUGAAAAGAUUGUGUAUUUGUCCCACCAACAAUAACAGCCAUCGGUUUUGUGCCAAUCAGACUGCAGCUACAGAUACUUGUACAUGUCUUUGGACAUGUGAAACUCCAUUGGGUUUGAUGAAGGUGUUUGAAAUGUCUGGAAACAUGAAGGAUGUUUUUGUGUGAAGGCAUAAAAAAUGUGUAUCUGUUAAUUCUGUAUUAAUUCUCGAACUUUGAUUUACUGCAUGUCUUUAGAACAACUUCAGGUUUGUAAUGAUGCAACUUUCUUUGUCCUUAAAAUCCAGUCUGAACAAGUGACCAGAGGUUGUUCACUUUGUGUGUAGGCUGUGCAUUAAUCAGCUUUGAUUUGAUCAUUUUCGAAGCUUGACACAAAUCCAUCUUUAAAAGACCAGACACUUGUGGUUAAGUAUAUUGUUUACUACCUGUGUGUUUAUGAAAACACAAAUGUAAGUUAUUGAAAUUAAUAUUACAAUAUAAAAUGUACAUGUAUAGAUAUUUGUAUCCAUUCUGAGCCAGAUCACUUAUUAGUGUUGCAGCUUUCUGAUAACACUUAAGGCUUCCUAACAAACAGUUUAAAAGGUAUGUAUUUGUUCCACAGUGCUAGAGCUUUUAAAGUUAUUUUGGUGGACCAUUUAGCAAGGUGUGUACAUUCUGGGAUCAUGUUUGGUCAUAUAAUUAGAAGGUAAAGCAGAAAUGGGAGAAAAUCAGAUAUAUUUUUGCAUUCAGUCUAACAUUUACAUUUUUUUGCUUGUACCCAAGGAAAAUGUAGCUCUUUGGAUCAUAUGUCCAUAAUCACUGUAAAGAUUUAAACUAUAGAUAUAACUUUAAAGGGAUGGCUCACCCUAAAAUAAAAAUUCUGUCAUCAUUUACUCACCUUCAUGUAAUUUCAAACCUGUAUGCCUUAUACAAAUGUUUAACCUUUGUAUAACCUUUUUCAGUGGAAGGCAGAAUGUUAGAAACUGACAGCCCCAAUUCACUUUCAUUGUAUUGAAAAAUUAUGCAAUAAAAGCAAAUGUUGACUGAUUCUAAUGUUGAAGAAUAGAAGUCGAGCUGGUUUGGAACAACGUGAAGAUGAGUAAAUUAUUAUAAUUUUUUAUUUUUGAGUGAGCUAUUGCAUUAAUGUCCUUUUUUAGUAUCUGAUCUAUUUUUCAUAAUGGUAUUUUUGCAACUGUGUGUCUUACAGUCAUAUGGGCAGAGCAGAUAUCGGUCAAACAUUGCAUAUGCUACAAAUAGAUGAGUACUAUGAUGAAAAAUGUGAAUAUGUUUUAAACUGUUUAUGAUUGCUUCUUGAUCAUGACUCAACAGUUUUUGCAGCUUGUUUCUCUAGUGCAUCUCAUGUCAUGAGGUUGUAUGUAUGAUACCGUGGCCUUGCAUUGCUUUAUCUUACACAAAAAAAGCCUUGUGGUCUCUACAUUGUGGUAGUUGUAAAUGUUUAUAUAUAUAUAUAUAUUAAAAAACAAUGUACAGCACCUGUAUAAAACUUGCCUUGUGAGGGGAAAAAAUAUAUAAAUCGCUCCAUUAUUUUUUUAAGUAAUUGAGAGUAUGAACAUAUAGAGAAGAGUGGUUAAUUAAAAUAAUCUGGUCAUGACGUUCUGAUCAUGCACUGAUAAAUAAAGAUUUA